AUGGGUUCACCAACAACAAUGGAUAGCCAUUGCCCUUCUGAAAGCCCCACACAAACUUUAAUGGAUAAUCUUUUAGGGCUUCUGAGAAUAAGGGUGAAGAGAGGUGUUAAUCUUGCUGUUAGAGAUAGGUUAAAGACUCGUGUUAUUAGAAAAGAUAUUAAUCCUGAAUGGAAUGAGGACCUCACACUUUCUGUAUCAGAUCCAAGUAAACCAAUUUCCCUGACCGUGUAUGAUCACGACACAUUCAGCAUGGACGACAAGAUGGGAGAUGCCGAGUUUGAUAUCCGACCAUUCAUCGAUGCCUUGAAGAUGCAGUUAGACGGCCUUCCGAAUGGCACGAUAAUCACAAAGAUACUUCCGGGUAGGUCCAACUGUCUCGCCGAAGAGAGUUGCGUGCUUUGGAAAGAUGGCAAAGUAAUCCAAGACAUAUGCUUGAGACUAAAGAAUGUCGAGUGUGGAGAAGUCGAGCUUCAACUCCGGUGGAUCGACCUUCCCGGCUCCAAAGGCUUAUAG